AUGUUACUCAACAAAACCAGGCUGGUGGGUUUCACUAAUAAAUCUCGCAAGAGCAAUAUGGAGGGUAACUCCACGUCAGACAUAGUGAUCAUAAGCGGCAACUCACACCCUGAACUAGCGGAAUUAAUUGCCAACCGUCUUGGUGUGAGGAAGGGAGGAUGCUCAGUGUACCACAAAACAAACAGGGAAACUAUUGUUGAGAUUGCUGAUUCCAUUCGUGGAAAAAAUAUUUACAUAGUCCAGACUGGCACUAAAGAUGUAAACAACAACAUAAUGGAGUUAUUGAUAAUGGCAUAUGCUUGUAAGACUUCCUCGGCCAGGUCUAUUGUUGGAGUGAUUCCGUAUCUGCCUUACAGCAAACAAUGUAAGAUGAGGAAGCGUGGAUGCAUUGUCACCAAACUUCUAGCCAAAAUGAUGUGCAAGUCAGGUUUGACACACAUCAUCACAAUGGACCUCCACCAAAAGGAAAUUCAAGGUUUUUAUGAGUGUCCCGUUGAUAAUUUGAGGGCAUCUCCUUUCUUAUUGCAGUACAUUCAAGAAAGUAUUCCAGAUUACCGCAAUUCGGUGAUAGUGGCUCGUAAUCCAGGGUCUGCUAAAAAGGCAACUUCAUAUGCUGAGCGUUUACGAUUAGCUAUUGCUGUUAUACACGGCGAACAGAAGGAAGCCGAAAGCGAUGAAGUUGAUGGGCGCUACUCACCUCCUUGCUUACCUAACCGAUCUCGUACUAUGGAUGUGUCUGUGGGUGUUCCUGUACAUCCAGCUAAGGAGAAGCCGCCUAUCAACGUCGUAGGUGAUGUGGGAGGCAGAAUAGCUAUCAUGGUGGACGACAUGAUUGAUGAUGUUCAAUCAUUCGUCGCCGCUGCAGAGGUGCUAAAGGAAUGUGGGGCGUAUAAAAUUUAUGUACUGGCAACACAUGGACUGCUCUCGUCUGAUGCGCCUCGACUUAUCGAAGACUCGCCCAUUGAUGAAGUUGUGGUCACUAACACGGUGCCCCACGAGCUACAAAAGAUGCAGUGUAACAAGAUUAAAACCAUCGACAUAUCAGUGCUGCUCAGCGAGGCGAUCAGACGUAUCCACAACAAGGAGUCCAUGUCUUACCUGUUCAAAAAUGUAACCCUCGAAGAUUAG